GUAGUGUGAAACUUUUGUGGACAAGUAGUCGGCCAUUUGUAAAAUUCAGUGAGUCAAAUUGAAAUUUGUGUUAAGUUUUUAGGCGAUUAUCAACGAGAGCAUUUGAAAGCCGCACACGGGACAACGUUGUUGGGGACUUUUUCCUGUGACCGGGUACUGUGACUUGGGGAAAAUUAAGGAAGAAAAAAAAAGGAUUUUUAAAGAAAAAAUAACCGACUGAGUGUGUGGAAUUAAUAAGGAAGAAUCAUUCAAAAUACGUGAGAGAGAGGAAGUUCUUUUGCAAGCCACGGAUACUGCCACAAAUGUUCAUGUGACAACACUGCAAAAAAAAAACUAAAUAGUGAAGAAAAGGAAAAAAAAAUUGUGACUUGUUUUUGCUUGUUUAUUUUUUAUUUAAAUGAAGACCAAGAGAAGAAAUAAUUAGAAGGAAGCAAAAGACAAUUUUUUUUUAGAGAGAGAGAGAGGAAAAAUAACCCUAAUACACAAGUUACGUGUAAAAUUUUUUCAUUCGUGUAUGAUGUGUAAGGAUUUUUGUUUCUCACUUUGCCACAUUUAAUUGCAAAACAAAUUAUGAGUAAGAACUAAAAAAAAAGAAAAGGAAUUCUUUUUUUUUUCCCCUAAGAGACUUUUGUGAUAAUAAAACUUACCAUGAUUGGUAUACCUUGAUGAGUUUGCGGUGUGGUUUAACAAUAAAAUGAGUUGUUUGUGUGCAAGAAGACAAAAAAUAUCAAUUUUGUAAUAUUUUUUAUUUUAAAUUUUUUUUCGGGAGAAAAAAGGAAAGAGAAAAAGCGUUAAAAAAAACGGGCAAAAUAAGUGAUUUAAUUAAAGAGAAGUGUAAAAUUUAUUGAGGUACACACAGGAAUUAUUUAAAAAAAAAAAAGUGAGAGAAACUGAAGAAAAAAAAUUUGUACACAUGUAACGCAGCGCCACUCCUUUUGGGUUCUCUUCUUCUUUUCUCACAACGUGAAAAAUACAACUGAAAAAAUCAACGUUCCACCAACAUAUACCAACAAGGGGAGAGAGAGGGAGAGACACAACGGAGAGAACGAGAGAGAUCACCAUUACAAAAUUAUUAUUUUAUUUUAAUUUUGUUUCGUUCUUUUGCGGGGAAUGAAUUCAACUGCUGCUGGAUUCGGCUAUAUGAAUGGAGCUACGGGAAAGAUGUCCACUGGUGCAGUGUAUUCCACAUUGUCUGAAUCAACGGCUGCUACGGCCAUGAUAGUAAGCGGCGGCAUGGAUCAACCGCCACAGGGUGCGCCCCUUGUUGCCACGCCUGUGGCUGUAAUAGCUCCAACAGCCGCCGCCGUUUCGGCACCCGAUUACGCCAGUAUGAAUGGUGUACUACCAAUUGCCACAAUGACUGAACAAUCACUCACAGCACCGCCAGCCGCUACUGCAGCCGCCGAUUAUUACUAUGCCGUUGAUGCUACUGGGGCCGCUGCGGCGGCCAGCAGCAGUGAUAGCUCAAAUGCCGCCGCGGCAGGAGCCACAACAACGACAGCCACCACGGCCACAACGAGCGAUGGUGGCACGAUGCCAUUGGAACAACUCAAGCAGAUGCUCUCUUCGCAGCUGGAAUACUAUUUCUCGAGAGAGAACCUUGCAAAUGACACGUAUCUAAUCACACAGAUGGAUAAUGAUCAGUACGUUCCAAUAUGGACAGUGGCGAACUUCAAUCAGGUGAAGAAGUUGACAAAAGACAUAAAGUUGAUCACUGAAGUACUGAGGGAGUCACCAAAUGUCCAAGUGGACGAUGAGGGUCUCAAAGUGCGCCCAAAUCACAAACGAUGCAUCGUUAUUCUGAGGGAAAUUUCCGAUCAUACACCUGUUGAAGAUGUCAAGAAUUUAUUCAACGGCGAAAAUUGUCCCAGAUUCAUAUCGUGUGAAUUUGCUCACAAUAAUUCCUGGUACAUAACAUUUGAGUCAGAUGAGGAUGCACAGCAAGCCUACAAGUAUUUGCGGGAGGAAGUUAAGGAAUUUCAGGGUAAACCAAUAAUGGCGCGCAUUAAGGCAAAACCAAUGUCACACAGGAUGCCGAUGACUCCUGUCCAGAUGCCCAUAAAGAAUGGGUAUCGAACGACACCACCACCAGGUGUGUACGACCCAACGGCAGCAUAUACGGCUCCACAGCGAUUUGUCUAUUCGAAUGGUGCUUCAAUUCCUCAAGGAACAGUUCCAUAUACUGGUCAAGUUAUGUUUCCAUUCCAGCAGCAAUUUUUUUCGGGCAUAAUCGGACAACCCUGGCCACACGGACCACCACCACCGGGACAGAAUUUUGUCAACUACGAAUUGGGGAAUGUUUUCUCGGCGAACGGGUUGACGCCUCAGGUGUCCUUUGCCACAACCACCAAAACGCAGACGCCGCGGUAUGCGAAUCACCGCAGCAAUGUGCGCAAGGGGCGAUCGUCGAACAGUGAUCAUCGAUCGCAGCAGGGUGGGAAUGUUGAGCAGCAGCAACAACACCAAGUGCCGAAUCAUCGGGGAGGCGGUGCUGCGAGUCACCAGAUGUACCAUCACCUUGUUGGUGCACCGGCAGCACAACAGCCCGUUGCUGCGCUCCAGCCACAACUGGCGGCUGCACAGUCGGCAAAAGGGGCGCCGCAGCAGCAGCAGCAGCCAAUGAAAGUGCAAUCAAAUGCCGGGGAGAUGUACCACCAAGGGGGGAAGGUGCCGUCAACGGGGGCAACGGCGUCCUACCUCAAAAGUGUCGUCACGAGCGUGGGUGACGAGCGUGCCCUCAUGUCUUCGCCAAAUGUGCCACAUCAAAUUGCUGCUGUUGCCGUGAGUGCGCCGCAGCAUCACUAUCAGCAGCACCAUCACGGCGGUGCUCAGCAUCACCAGCCAACUCACUACCAUCAGGCGCAGCAGCACCAUCAUCAGGUGGCGCCGCAGCAGCAGCAGCAGCAGCAGCAGCAUCACAUUCAAGUUUCCACGGCGCACAUGGCGUCGCGUGAUGAGGGGGAAAGCAUUGCAAUAGCCGGUUACAAAACGGCAACAGUGAGUGUUGGUGGAGCUGCUGGGAUUCCCAUUGUAUCCACCCUAUUGCCGCCACUGCCACAGCAUCAUCACCAUCAUCAUCACCAGCAGGUGUCAUCGCAGCAGCCAGCAAUGCACGAUGCUGUUGGAGAUGACGGAGUUAUGCAGCAACAGUCAUCGCAUCAGCAGCAGCAGCAGCAGCAGCAGCACAAGAAUGCCCUCACGGGUGGUGGGAAGGAGCAGUGGCAGCGUCCGUAUCGUCGUAAACGGAAGGACGAUGACGGGAGUGCGGGGCAGGCGUCGUAUCGUGGUGGUAGCGGUGGUCAGAGUUCCGCCGCGGCGCCCAAUGGCGGCAGUGGUACGAUGAUGGGUACGCAGCAGCAGCAUAAGCAAUCACCAGCGAGUCCCAAUCCAUCGGCAUCCAUUGCAAUGCGUGACUCAGGGGCGACACUGAGUGCGGCUGGUGGUGCCCAGACGGGCGGCGGGACGGCCACGGGGCACACACAGCAAUCACAGCGAACGACUCAGGCGCAAUUUGACCUGGAGGCGUCGGCUUUCCCACCCCUACCGGGCUCCUCGGAUGCCAGUGGGCCCCUCUCGUCAGCCCAUCACCACUACCCGCAUCACCAGCAGCACCAUCAGUCACACUUGCCAAACUACCAAGGUGCCACGGGGCCGGGGAGUGCGCGUGGAAGUGAUCGGGGCACCGGGGGGAUGGCUCCGGGGCAAAUGGGCGCCGUUCCGGGUGCCCUGAAUCCCCUGGCGGGUGCCACGGGGGACGUUGGUGGGGAUGUGGCACCAACGGGCAAUGCAUGGGGUGACCGUUUGGCGGAUGUGGUGAAGGGAACGACAAAGGCUAAAAUCAAAGUUGACGCCAGCAAAGAUACAAGCACGAGAUCCAGUUCCGCCUCACCACCACCAUCGCAGCUGAAUCAAUCAUCCAGCAAUCAAGGUGUUGCAUCAACGACAUCGGCAAAUGUAGUGACGACGACUUCAGGUAGCCAAAGUAAUUGUAAUAAUUUUAAUAAUAAUUCAACAAAUAACCAUGAGCUUAGUGUAGAGCAUCAAGCAUCAGCGACAAAUUCCGCAGAAGCACACGGUAGUAGUAGUAGUUGUAAGGGGGUUGUUGUUGUUGUUGCUAAUGCGGAUGUUGCCGAUGGGGGUGGUGGGAGUGGGGCAGCAGCAGCAGCAGCAGCAGCAAAGUCAGUGUCAACAGCAACACCUCAGCUGCAUCAGAGUGCUUCAGCAAUGGCGGCGGCGGCAACAAAUAAUGAAAAUAAUCCUGUGAUAAAAAUGUGCACUGCUGAUAAAUCAACAAAGACUGAUGAGUCUCUGCUCAAUGGUGGCGUAGAGACGACGUGUGCAUCAUUCAACACUCAACAAUUUGACAAUAUCGGUGGUGGUGGUGGUGGUGGGGAGGUGCAUGCGAUGACCAAUCCGCAGAGCACGUGCGCUGCAGCACCACCAUCAUGUGCCACACCGACAACAGCUAAUGCCUCCACGAUGACAACGCACGAUGGCACGGCGGGUAGGCAGCUAAUGGGUCAUCAACAGGCUGUGACGUCGUCGGGCAAGCAACAAACUAAGUCAACAUCAGCAGUGCCAGCCGCGGGCUCACUACUCAGCAGUGGUUUUCCGCGUGUUUCCGCAACGGCUGUUUCACCGCCACCAGUUCCGGGGCAGACGGCGUUUACGUUUAGUUCUGUUGCCGCCGGCGGGGAUCCGGUGCGGCUGAGCUAUGCACAGGUGGCACAGCACAAUAAGGAGCGGCAGCAUGCGAAGCAAGAUGUCGCCGCAAGUGAUGUAGCUGCCAGCGGCGGCGGCGGUGGGCAGGAUAAAGAAAACAGGGAUGUGACCAAGGAGAAUAGUGCCACGAGUAUGAAUAGUUUGGGUGUUGUUGUUGCAAGUGCCGCCGCCGGGGGUGGGACAAAGACGAGCAGCAGUAGUAGUAGUGUUAAAAAUCAGUCACCGUCAAAUACAAAGAUCUCCUCGUUGCAACAGUUUUCCAGCGCAGGAGACACGAGAGAUAGAGGAGAAAAUGUACGCGAGCAACGGAGAAAGGAUCAACGAAGUGGCGGCGCCCCUGGGGGGCCAAAUCGCCGCGAAAGUGGCGACUCAUCGAGUUCCAGUGGUACGAGUCGCAAUCGCCAGCGAACGCAUCAGAUGAAAGACUACUUCCAGGCUGCCACUGCAACGGCAGCCAGUCCGCGGAGUCCCAAGUGAUGACCAAUAAUAAAAUGCACGACGCGGGAUAUGAGAUGAUGCCGUACGCAUCCUAUUGAUGAAGGAUGUGUGUGUUGUUGCUGAUGCGUGUGCGUGUGUGUGUACGUGCAAAUUACGUGGACUGAAACAUUGAAAGAAAAAAAAGGAAAAGCGAAGAUUUUCGUUCUUUUUUUUUGUUUGUUUUCUUGGGACGAGAUGAAAUUACUUUUCUUGCUGCACGAUGGAGAGCAAGUUUUAGCUUAACUAAGAAAGGGGUAAAAAAAACAAAAUUACAUUGUUGUAUUGUAUGUUAACUAAUUAAAAGAAAAAAAAAAAACAAGAGAACAAGCUAAUUAAUGUGUGUGUAUAAAAAAAAAAUAAGGAAAAAAGGAAUAACAUAAUUAUGCGUGCGUCUGUCAACUCUUCGUCAUAUUUUUAGGAAAGAAAAAAAAAACAAUAAAAUAUGUGAAAUGGAAAAAAUGAAUAUUAGAUGAAGUAAUAUAUUUAUUAGAUUUAAAAAAAAUAUAACAAAAAUUAAAAGAAAAGAGUGAUGAGAUAAAAUAUAAUCUUACGUGAUUUUUUUUCUUUCUUUCUCACGAGAAAAUAUUUUUUAAAAAUACUGGAAUAACGAUUUUUUUUAAAAGAAACGUUUUUUUUGUAAAAAAUAAAAUUUCAAAGAAUUAUUUUAUUGGUCUCUUGACAAAAUCUUUUGAAAAAUUCAAUUAAUUUUGAAGGCAUAAGAUGGAAUAUUUUUUUAUUUUAAAUAAAAUUGAUUUUUUUUAUUUCCAAAUUAACAUUUUUGGCUCUAAAAGCAUUUUUUUCGUUGUCUUUGCUAGAGAAUAAAAAAAAAGAAAAACGUUGUAACGUGUAUGUAAGUAGAUGCAUAAAAAAAGGGAUGAGAUUUACAGGAAUUUUUACAAAAUUUCAAUCAUCCAAUUUGGGUGUUUUCUUCCUUUUGGGAAAGAUGAAUUUUCUUUAAUUAAAAACAAAUAAAAUUGGCACUGAAGUAUUUAUUAAUGAAAGAAGUAAAAAAUAUGAAAAAUUGUAAAUAUGAUUGAAGUCUUCGUUUUUUUUUUUUAAUUUUUCGGAUGAAAUUAAAUAAGAAUUUUUUGAGAAAUUGAAAAAUUGAAAGGAAAGCGAAAUUAUCAUAGAAAAUUUCAAGAAUAUUCUUUUAAUUUCUGAAAAAAAAAUCAUUGAGAAAUAUCAAAAAUUGAAUUUUUCAUUUUUGAAAUGAAAUUUAGAGAGAAAAGAAUUUUAUUUAUUCUAAGUAAAAAUCAAUCAUUUUUUGCAAUUGAAUUUAUUUCAAAUUGAAAUUUAUUAUAACAAGAAUGGAGAAAACAAUGAAUUAUUUUUUUUUAUUAAAUCAGCAAAGGCAUGCAAGACAUUUCUAAAAAAAAACUACGGAUAAAUAUAGUUUGUAGUGGGCGGAAGAAAACCAAUUUAUUGAUGAUUGAAGAGAAGAAAAAAAAUUAUUGAGAGUGUAAAAGAAGAAAAAUUAAUAAAUGUAAAUAAUAUUAAAAAAAGAAGAAAGAAAGAAAAGAGAGAGAGAGAAAGAAAAAAGUAAUAAAAUAUAAAUUGAAUGUAAUAUAUAUAAUCUACAAUAUAUCUUACACAAGAUGAUGAUAAAAAAAUAAAUAUAAUAUAGAAAUUAAAUAGAAGAAUAAUGAAAAAAAAAUGAUAUAAAAUGAAGAUUUAAAAAAAAACCCUACAAAAUAUACAUCUGAUAUGAAAUAAUGUAUAAAAUCAUGUUAUAUAUUAUAUAUAAAAAAAAAGAAAGAAGGCAUAUUUAUAAAAAAAAAAGAAAUAUUAAUUAAUAAUGUUAUUAUCAAUUUUUAUUAUUUUCGUUUUUAUUAUUUUUUAUUUAGUUGAAGAAAUAUGAGCUAAGUGUUUUUUUUUUCAAUUGAAAUCAAUAUUUUUUUUUCUUUUUAAAUUGAUAAAGUCAUGAAACUUUUUUUUGUAAUCUUUUCUUAUUGGCUGAAAAAAAGGAGAUCAAAAGAACGUUAGAAAGAAAUUUAAAAAAAAAAUGUAUUUUUGUGCUAUUGAAAGUCAAUAUUUAAUUAUUAAUAAAUAAAAGAAAAACAGAGAAGAAAAAGAAUAUAAUAUUAACAUUUUAAAAGAAGAAAAAGAAGUAGAAAAACCUUUGAAAUAAAACUUGAAAGUCAGAAGAAGAAAAGAAAAAAUUUUAACUUUGAAAAAGAACAAAAUAAACAUUAAAAUCUGAAGGAAAAAUAUUAAAAAGAAAUAGCAAAACAAAAACUAUCUGAAAAGAAUUACUAAAAAGAAUUAAAAAAAUGAAGGAUUAAUAAAAAAAAGAGAAAAUAAACAUGAAUUAAUAUUAAUUUCAAUUCGCAGCAACGUUAAAAAAAAUUUAAUUUGAAAAGAGAA